ACGGCGACGGCGACGGCGACGGCGACGGCUACCGCAACGGCGACGGCUACCGCUACGGCAACGGUGACGGCAACGAGAACGAGGAAGAAGAGGAGGAGGAGGAGGAGGAGGAAGAGGAGGAGAACGAGAGUCCUGGCAACUCGUCUUCUCGGAAGGACGAAGGACGAAGGAGGAGGUGGAAGAGAAGAGGAAGAAGAAGAAGAAGACAAAGAGGGUGGUAACAGUGGUACCGAGCAACUCGUACUCGGUGCUACCGUUGCUGCUGCCGGUGGUGGUAGUAGUAGCAAUAGUAAUAGUAGUAGUAAUAGUAGUAGUAGUAGUAGUAGUAGUGGUGUUGGUGUUGCUGCUGAUGGUGCUGCUACUGGUGGUAGUGGUGGUGGUGGUGGUGGUGGUGUCGUCGAGCUUAGCACCACGACGACGACAACAGUCGCCGAGCCGAUGUCAGCGAGUUCGUAUCCUGGAGAUGAGGAGCUGCCGGGAGCGGAAAAUCACCAGCUAGCGAAACGGCCGAGCUCUGGAGAAAGAGAAGGAAAAGAAAAAGGAGAGGAAGAGGAAGAGGAAGUUGGAGAACUGGGCAAGGACGAGUCGACGUUACGCGAGGAGGUCAAGGUCAUCGACUCCUCGCCGUCGUCGUCCUCAUCCUCGACGAACACCGGGACGACGACGGUACUCUCCACCACGCAGUUACCACCACCCACUCGGGACACCUCUAUGGAAGCACUGGGUACGAGCGGUUACGUAGUGUCAGCGGUACUCGUUCUAAUAGUUGGUGCGCUGCUGGCCAUCUUGGCGACGGUAUCGCAUCAUCUUCAUCACCGUCGGCUCGAGCCUCUGCACGAGUCGAAUUCUGCCUCCAUUUUGCAUCACCAUCGCCAUCUUCAUCAUCACCAUCAACGACAUCAUCAACAUCAUCAUCAACAACAACGACAACAACAACAACAACAGCAACAGCAACAGCAAGAGCAAGAGCAACAGCAACAGCAACGACAACGACAACGACAACACCACCGUCGUCAUCAAGAGAAUCGAGAAGAAUCCUCGCCGGCGUUGCAUCAGCAACAUUCCUUCCUACAGGAUCAUCACCGUCAUCCUGGAACGCAAAUGCUAUCGAUGGGUUCGGCAUUGGACGUUCGUAGAGGAGGAAGAGAAGGAGGCGAAGUAGGAGGAGGUGGAGGUGGACGUAGAGACGGAGGGGGUGGCGAGGCAACAAACGGAAACGCGUUGGCUCGAGGCGUUCGAAUAGCAGCUGCCGCCGUUCGUGGACAGGGUGAUGUCCUUCAGCAAGAAGCGAUGGUCGCCGCAGCGAGAGACAGGGCGAUCAGGACAGGUAGCGUGAGGCAAGAUCUCGCCCUCAAUCUACCUCCGCGGCUGGAGCUCCCGGAUGGCGAGGAACGCCCUUACGGGGCGCAAACCAAUCUGCAUCUUCGUGACCCCUUGCAGGAAAGCGAGAUCUACCAAAAGUGCAUACGGCCACCACCAAACCGGACUAUCUUCGAUAGCGAGAGUCCACCCCCGUAUCGUAGCCAAUCGGCACUGUUGGAGCCACCGGAACAAAUAGUACGCUGUCACAGCGCGGGUAGCUCCCUGCUGAAAAUGUUUCGCAAGUUUCCAAGUUCUGCUAGUAGUAGUACGUCGUCGUCGUCGGCGGUGGGGGCACCGACGCCACCGAAAAAGUCCACCCUGUCCAGCUAUUCCGAGUCCAGUAGCAACCUCAGCAAUCUGUCCACUCUGACGGUGGUGCCCUGUGAAACGGACGAGAGUCAACAGGAGCAGCAUCACCAUCGGCAGAAACGCGUCUGAUCCGAGGCCAGUGGUGGUGGAUCCUCGUGUCCGAGGAAGAGGCGAGCGUUCCUUCCUUUCAAGAAGAAGAAGAAGAAGAAGAAGAAGAAGAAGAAGAAGAAGAAAAAGAAGACUCUUCUCUCGACAGCGUCAUCGACCAUCGACACCGACGACACGACGAUCCUCCUACUCUUUCUUCGCGGUGCGCCACUUGAAGACUGAACUACGACCAAUAGCAACGGCUACGCAAGACUUCUCUCUCCAUUGCUUUUGGUUCGAGGACCAAGCGAGAACGACGCCGAAAGAGAGAGUAGAGUACGGAAUGAGAGAGAGAGAGAGAAAGAGAGAGAGAGACAGAGACAGAGACAGAGAGAGAACAAGAAAGGAAUACCUAGUCCUCUUCUUUUUCUUCUCUCUCUCUUCCUCUCUCCCUCUGUCGCUCUUUCUUCGUUUCUUUCUCUUUUUACUAUAUAAACGCUAUCCUGCAGAUCUCAUACUAUUCCAAAGCGCGAUACAUAGGAGAGGGAGAGAUUAAAUCUUGCAGAGAGAAAGAGAGAGAGAGAGAGAGAGAGAGAGAGAGAGAAACGAAGAGUUCGUAUAAGCUGAGAUGCUGCUAUUUUAUUUCCAUGUAAUCUCGUUCCAAGGGAGGAAGAGAGAGGGGGGGGGGAAAGGGAGAGGGACAUAGGACUGGACCGUAAUAAGGGAGAAGAAAAUCUAUCGCUCGCCUCCCCUUCGACGUCGAUGGAAUCGAAUAAUGGACGAUUCGCAACAGUGUCGCAAAAGUUUUCUUCGAGAAAAGACUUAGUAAAUUAUUUAUUGGCGAUAUUCGCGAUCUGCCUUCUCUUAUCGAGAAAUUGUGGCAGACGAGAGUGAAUGAGUGAGAAUGAGAGAGAGAGAGAGAAAGAGAGAAAGGAAUAAAUGCGAGCGUGUUAGGGAAGGAAGACCAAUUGAGAGUUGAAAGGGCAAAAUAACGAAAAAAAAAAAAAACGGAGAGAAAGAGAUGAAAAAGUAGUGCCAAGAGCGAAAAUAAGAAGGAAAGAAACUUUGUAAAUAUUAGAUUAGGUAGUUCAAUAUCACAAUAUAAUUAUUACGACUAAAAAUUAUAUGCUACAAUACCGAUUAAAAGUAAACAUCCAAUAUACGUUACGAACACGCAUACCAUUUAAAGAUAUGAGCUGGCACGCUCUCGGUGCCGGGCCGUACGAAAGUGAUGUUUUUUUUUUUUCUUCGCGGGACACGCGCGUCUUUCUCUUUUUCAAAAAGAUGGCCACGUUUUUUUAACGAUCGUUGAUUCGUCCCUUUUCUUUUCCUUGUCUAAACACGUACGUUUUCAUUCUCGUAGGUUUUCUCGUUGCAAAGGAUAUGCUUUAUAUAUAUAUAUAUUUUUUUCCUUUUCCUUGAAAGCGAAGAGAAAACCAGAGACGUUCACGUUUUAGUGAUCGAUCGAUGGCACUCUUCUUUUUCAAACGCUUUGAAAAGCUACGACCCGAUUGACGGAGAUUAGGAGGAAAUCGACAAGGACGCGUUCGAAGGACGCGUGGCCAUCGGGGGGCUCGUUUCGCCAGUCGCGUAUAUUCGAAUUUGACGGCGGCGCAUAUCCAUCCACGUUUCGUACGGCCCUGCGUACAUACGUCUGAUAUAAACACACGCUACUUUUAUUAUUAUUCGAGUAGAUAAGGCCUCAGUUUUUGACGAAAUAGGACGAGAUCCGUACCCGGUCGUUGCCUUUUCGAGUCUCGGCGUCGACGAGAGGAGUUGCGCGAGAUCAAAUAAUUAAUUAAUUAAUUAAUCGAUUAAUAGCUAGAAGAAAUUGUUUACACGGCGACCUUCGUCGAUCUAUUUUCGUACGAAAUAGGCCGACGCGAAUGAAUUCGGAUUCGAGAUUAAUUCCUAGGCGCGUAGUUUAAAUCCGGUAAACGAGUAAAAAGAAAUAGAACGAUACGUCGUAGGUCUCCGCUGUAUUCCAAAGUUCCUACCCGCGAUCUUUUCUUCGACGAUUUGUUUCUGACGCGAAGGAAGAAGACGAAGAAGAGGAGGAGGAAGAGGAGAGGAAGAAAAAAAAAGGAAAAAUUAAGUAAAGGAUAGAUAGAGAAUUUGGUAGAUCGACUCGCGUCUCGUCGAGCCCGAGCUCGGAUACGCUUCCCGGGACGGAACGAAUCACCCGAGUAUCUCAUGAGAAGUCACCAAUUAUUGUAAUUUUAAACGAAAAGAAAUCCGACGAAGGGGAAGGAAAGUUUAAACAGGUGCGAACCAUUUUCCGACGCGUUUCCCUCCAGCGAUUCGCGGAUCGCGUGCGUCGCGUGUCACGAGCUAGCCGCGAGAUCGAUUCGAAAAAAAGGAAAAAAAGAAAAAAGAAACGAGUCGGCUGAAACUGGAGCGCGCCGAGUACGAUAGGAAAAAUGUGUUUUAAAAGAAGCUUUUAUUCGCGAACGGGCUGCGUGACAUGUGCUCCCCGCCAGAGGUCGUAGCUUCCAAAAUGUUGCGUUCUUUGACCGAAACUCGAUCCGAUUAUCCACGUAGAAAAAUUUUGCAAGUCGUUCACGAUCAGGCUCGAGUAUUUUUCUAUCGUUGUCAUUGAGAGCAAAAAUAUCGCCGUCCGAGGUUAAGAAAUACUUGAAACCUACUUGCGACUUGUUGCUCGUAGAGGAUAUUCUAUCCCGCUCUCAAUUUAUACAACAAUAGGAAAUUACGUUUAACGCGUAUCGCAACGAUUGUCCCAAUGUAUCGCCGUUUGAAAUCUGUAGUACGUCAUAAAAAAUAUCUUCGUAGGCCUACUCGUUUCAUCCUUCGAGAUACGCCGUAAGACCGAAAACUGUUAUUUCGCUCGACGAAUUCUCGACUCGAUGAAAUCACGAAUGCUAUUACCGUAUUAAAUAUCUUUCCUUCGAGCAAAUCGUUUGAUCGUAUCGAUCAAUUUUGGAAGACGAUAUUUUUCGUUCGGUGCGAUCGCAAUUGGAAAAAUUCCACGUAAGGUUACGUAGACGAUGCCUGUAAAUAUUUUGGAAAGUACGACCAUUGGGUAAAAUUGUUCAUAGCCCGUUCUAUAUCGGCGAAACUCGAAUGAAACGAAUAUUAGUAAUUUUAAUUGAAAUGAUAUUCGCUGUUCCGGUUUUAGGUGAUACUCGGCCAAGUAGCGCGCGACGUCGCGUUCCUUCGAAUCUCGCGAGUUCUACCACGAAUCACGCGACCGUGAAUCGACCCAUCGCGAUUCGAUAAUCGAAUUCGUUCGGCGCGUAAAAAAUAACGUAUAACGACGACAGAGUCGGAGGAGAAGCAGGAGAGAGAGAGAGAGAGAGAGUUGGGAGGAGAGGAAAGAAGAGGGUUGGAAGAGAGAGAGAGAGAGAGAGAGGGAGAGAGCAGUGUUUACCCAAAAGUCCGCUAUCAUGCCUUUUGAGAAAAUAUACAUGUCCGGGCAGUUUUACAAACGAAAUUCGACCCCGUGUUUCUCUCGACGCACGUUGCGAAACAACGUUCGCAAUAACGUUCGCAUUGGCAAAGUUUUCAUAUAGAGUGGAAUAGGGGAGAAUAAAAAAGCAAAGAAAUCGUUUCUCCAUCGCUCAAAAUGUGUUCAACGCGCAUGCAAUAUUUAAAUGGCGAGGAUCAAUCGUAACCGUAUUAUUAACGAUUGGGUCAUCGACGUGGCCUUGCGAUCGAGUGAGAUGAUACGCGUUCAGCGAAGAGAUAAGAGAGGGAGAAAGAUAGAGAACGAAAAGAAAAUGCAAUGGGUUCUGUGCAAGUCUCAAUUAAAUUGUAAAUGUUAUUAACUUAGAUUGAAUUUAAAGAAAAAAAUAGAAGAAAAAAGAAAAGGAGAAAAAACGUAAGAAGUGAAAUGACAAUGGAAGUUACCUUAGAUCGCUUACUAGACCGAGUUUAUGCGCGGGCGAUUAAUGGAAAGUAAAUCCGAAAGAAAUUCGUCUAGGAAAAAUCUCUUAAUUAUCAUUAAUCGUUAGAAGAUUCUAUAGCGCGCGAUAAUUUAACGAUUUGUUAACGAGAUUCGCGGUACGAGCGAAGAUUAUGAAAUCGUGGCCUUUCGACGCAAACGAGAGAGAAAAGAAAAGAAAAGUAAAGAAAAAAAGAGGAAGAGGACGAACGACGAGGAGGUAUUUCAAACUCGCCCGCCAAUCGAAGAGACACGAUCUUCCAUUGGAGAGAGUCCAAUUAGCUGUUUCACUCGGACGAACGGCUCGGUUCGAGCGUUGGAUCUCGGUUCGAUACUUAUCGAAAUGCACGACUUUCAAGACGACGCUUCUGCCAUUUUAUUAUUUUCUUCUCUCGAAUUUUGUCGAUCUCGAAAGAUCUUGUCGAGUGCCAAAGCAAAUGGGAAUUCGUCGACGAGAUCGUUGUUUCGAUCGUUCUUUGACCCUUCGAUUUGUUAUUUUUUUGUAUUUGUUUUUAUAUAUUGUUAAUAUGUGUACAAGACGUCUCACGUUUUAUGACGUUCCUUGGUAUAUUGGAAAAUACAUAUCAUCUGAUUAUUAGUCUUUUUUUUUUUUUUUCUUUUUGUUUCUCUGUUUCGUUCGUCGUAUUCGUACAGCGCGUAGGAACGAUCGACGAGCGUCGAAACGAUAAAUUGAUCUCGGACAGACGCGUUUUGACAAAAUCAUCGUGCGAUGUGAUCUGUGCGCGUCCUAUGUACGCGGGAUGGUAUAAGCGUUAAUACGCAUUACGUACGCGUUGAAAUUUUCUCGACUUUGACGAAAAUAGUAGAUUCGAUCGUUCCUUAUCGUCGUAGUCGGCUCAACGAGAACUCUCCAAUGAAUCUAGUCACGCCGAGCCGUACGUCCGCUCGUCGAAGUAAAUCGGUCGAUAAACUCUAGCUAUUGUCAUUAAAAAUAUUGAAAUAGACCACCCGGACCGUCGAGGGAGAGAGAUAGAGGGAGCGGGGGGGGGGGGGAGAAGGGGGAAAGGAACGUGUUCGAAAAAAAUAACGUUGUUUCAAUCAUCAUUUUCUUUUUCUUUUCUUUCCUCGGCGGCGAUAGAGGCGGUCAUCUUAGGCGCAAAAUAAUUAUAAUAAUAAUGAUGAGAUAAUAAUUAUAAUUAAAUAAGAAUAAUAAUGUGAUUUCACGAGGUGUGUUCUAAACAAAAUUUAUUCGUAGCGUCGAGUUUUAACGAGCCAACUCCGAGUCGUUCGAGACGCGCAACGGAGUUUCGUAUUUGACGUGCUCGCGCGCGCCAAGAUAAAGAAAACGAAAGAAAGAGCGGAAGAAGUAGAGAAAAAAGAAAAUUUUUUCUAUAUCCUUUUUUUUGUUUCGUUUCUAAGCUAUAAUUAUAUCGUACUGUUAAUAAGAUUGGUGUGUCUAGUCCCUCGCGAUGAGAGAAUAUACUCGACAGAGAGAGAAAAAGAGAGAGAGAGAGAGAGAGAGAGAGAGAGAGACAGAAAGAAAGAUAGAUAGAAAAAAUUUUGGUGCGAAGAAAUAACGUCCAAAACUCUCCGAGACUCCUCAUCGUAGAGCGUACAUUUUUCUUGUUAAAAAAAAUUUUUAAAAAAACACGCGUAAAGGGAAAGAGCGAGAGAAAAAAAUUAAGCAAAGAAUAAUAAUAACAACAGCAACAAUAAUAAUAAUAAUAAUAAUAAUAAUAAUAAUGAUAAUAAUAAUAAUAAUAAUAAUAAUGAAUAAAUAAAUAAAUAAUAAUAUUAAUAAUAAUCACAUCAUCAUUAACAUCAUCAAUGCACAGACCCGCUGACUGACGGAAUUAAAAUGUUUCCUAAUCAAAAUUUGUAAAUGUCUCGUUGUUGUUUCGGGAACGCGCAGUGUCUUUGACAAAAAAAAAAAGAAAAAAAAAGAAUAGAAAGAAAGGAAGGAAUUGUGGAAAAGUGGGGAAACGGGAGGGAAGGAUAGGGGAAAUAAAAUGAGACCGCGUCGUGUGUCGUUCGAACGAAGUAAUGACUUUUCAUUGUCGCGAUUAUACAAAGCAGGAAAUGAUAAGAGAGGGGGAGAGAGAGAGAGAGAGAGAGAGAGAGAGUGAGUGAGAGAAAGAAAUUGGGAAAACCUUUUUUCAAAGUAAUCGAUCGAUGUUGUAGAAACAGUGUCAUUUUAAAGUAGUAGGUCGCUUCUACAGGAAAAAAAAGUAAAGUAAAGUAAACUAACUAAACUAAACUAAACUAAAGUAAAAUAAAACGAGACUCAUCCGGAAAAGGUACGAAGCUCAACGUUAUUCGAAAAUCGCGCGCUUCGCGAGCGCGCUCGAGGUAAGACGCGAGUCACCGUACAACAUGGCAUGCGCGCUUGCAUGCGCGUGCAAGCUCGCGUGCAUCUUCGGGCGCGCUGCGCCGUGCCGCGUACUCUACGGUUUUUUAUACAGUAGGAUUGUACCAAUACCACAUAGGGAAAAAAGAUGUUCGUUGUUCACUGCUCUGGCUUGCUAGAAAAAAAAAAAAAAAAAGUAUAUUCGGGCCUCUCGGAGGCUGUUCGGAUCAGAAGAAAAAAAGUAAAAAAGAAAAAGUCGGAGAGAAGGGGAGAGAGAGAGAGAGAGAGCCGUCGAAUUAGAAGAAGAAAAAAAAACUAAAAACAAUCGAACGUCGAUCGAAUAUAAGCCUAUCGAUGUGAAUUCAAUCGAAAGUAUAACUUGUUCCGGACAGUCCCCUUCGUGUGCCCAUCGAUAUAAAUCGGCAACAUUUCGACAUUGCAAGAUUAUUGGUGUACUUAUCACGCAGUUUUCUACAAAAUAAAGAAAACGAUUUUGAAAAAAAAAAAAAAAUGAUAACACGAGCCACAUA